AUGGCAGCGCGGUUGUGUGCCAAACGCGCACAUCAGCUCGCCGCCUCAGUGCUCGCAAACGGUGUAGGGCCCUCGCGCUUGCCUGCAGCUUCAGCAUGUAAUUGUCGUUCGCCUUCAGCUUCCAGAUCCACUGCGACACACCGCAUCAACCUCUUGUCGCAAAGCUUCAGCACAUCAGCAUACCUGCGAGACGAAUCACCUCAAUCGGCAUCAGUAACGGACGCGGAACCACAACACUCCAGCAAGAAGCCGAACGUAGGGCUUCUUGCCGGAGAAGAUACGAACGCCGAGCCCACACUAGAGUAUCUUGACUCGCUCAAGCCUAGAGCCAGACGCCUUCAGCGAGAGCAACACCGUCCAAAACGGGUCACAGUCAAUCCUUUCGCCAAAUCUUCUCCGACCAAGAACAGCGUUGAAGACAAGCAGUGGGAACGCACCAGAGCUCGCAUCAAUGCCUCCUUCACCAGAGGCCAGCUAGUCUCGCUGGGAAAAGCAGCGAGGCUACCGGGAAGCUACGCAAGAACAGUCAAGAAGGAGGAUCUCGUCCGUCGGAUUAUGGUGCAUCGUUUUGGCAUGGAGGACGCACGCGAGAGGACUGAGCGGGAAAAGCGCGAGGAACUCGACAAACGGUCGGUGCACAUCGCUUUCCGGCCUGCAGAGCUCUACUUGCUGCUUUCGAGGGGCUACAACAAGGUCAGACAGGAGGCCAGCAAGGCACAAGUGGCGAUUCUGCCUCAAGCACCAGCCAAGGAGAAAGCACAGAAUAGUGGCGACGCUACCGCCUCCGCCGAAAAGCUCGGGUUUUGGAUACGUGGUAAGGAUCCGGGUAUUGCACGUAUGACGGAUUGGGUCGAAGAGUUUAAGCAGUCGAUCAAGACGAAGGAGGAUACGGUCGUCCUAUCGAACGACUCCCGCGAUGUCAACGCAUCAGAAGUCGGUGUCACCGAGGUACUCCCCGCCGAGCUCGUUCGCUACAUCUCCCAGCUCUCGCGGUGCUUCAUGGAGGCAAGUCCGAUUCAAGGCAGCAAGGUGACGCUAUCGCUUGCAUUCCUCGACGAACGCGAUGCUCAGAAAGCAGUUCUGCUGCUGCGGCAAUAUCACGCCGAAGGUGCCAAAGCAAUGCACCGCAUCGGUGCAGCAGCGUGCAGCGACGAUCUGCAUUCCAGCCGCCAGUAUUCGAUGCUUCCCUUCGUGCCCAACGAGCCGACACCAUGGAUCAAGCAGGCAGACGACCUUUUGUACGGGUCGCACUCCGACGUCUCGUUCCGCGUGUCUCACGUGCCGGAAUUGAACGCGUUCUCGAUGCUGUCGACCACCAAACUGCCGACGAUGAAGUUCAACGCAUGGAGCACCCAGGACAAGCUUUCGUUCGAGGAGCCCUUCCGAUCUCUGGCGGAAAAUGCUGCGACCUCUACAGCGAGUAAUGGGAUGUCGCUGUCAGCGGAGGCUAGCGAGGUGGAAUGCAGCGCUGAGCUCGGCCACGUUUUGUUCGAUGCAGGAGGUCUCACGCUCGCCGACGAAAACCUCAGCGAGGAGGACAUCGUCUCUCGUGUCCAGGAUCCACUGGCUGCACCCAUUUCUGGUAGCUGGUCUUUGGAGACUGCCGUAGACUGGACCCGACGAUUCCGUGCUCGCUUCGGCCGCGAAGCCUCUCGCUUCGUUCCUACCACCCUCUUUCGGUCGCAAAAGAACAUCUCGCUCGACAUCUGGCUCGAGAGACAGGGAUACGUUCUCGCGUCAAACCAGCCAGACGCACUUGCUGGUGAGCACGAGACGCUCGUAUACCAGCCAUCAGACGCUGGCUACCUGGCGCAGGUCAGCAAGCUCGAGAUCACGCUGGUCCGAAACCAGAGCGAAUCAGAUGUGGCGGAGGGAGCGAGUGGCGGAUGGAGGAUUCGGCAGGCGAGAUGGGUUCUUGAGGCACAGGCCGAUGUGUUGAUCCCGGAGAAGGGGUCAGAUCUCAGGCUUAGUGCUAGACAUAUCGUCCCGCUGGAGGCUGAGAUCUUGGCUGAUGUCGAACGCGGAUUGGCGUCGUACCUCGACCCGUCGGGAGCUGCUGUCGCUGCGGAAGUUACGAUGGAAAACAUCGGGAUCAGCGAAGACGAAGCAGCGGGAGUCGACUCUGACGACAUCCUAGGCAGCGAGACCGAAGUCGUUGAGCGCUCGUCGCUCUCUACCGCAAAGGCAUUGCCAAAGGGUCGCGUGACGUCCCACAAAGGUGCACUGAGACCGUCGGUGCUAGAGCUUGGAUCUGUUGGCAAAAUGGCCCUGGAGACUGUGACGCGCUCGUCCGUGCAGACGUACGUACAGCGGUCGGCUCUUUCCGCUGCGCCUCAUGCGCGACCAGGGACGAGCUCCGAAGUGCAGGCUGCGACAGACGACGAUGCUGGCACCCACCCCGUGGAUUCCACUGAGCAACUGUCGGCUUCCUCCGAGGCGGACGCCGUCGCAGCGACCCCCAUCACGACCGCGGAAGUGGAAGCCGUCAAGGCAGAAGACGCGGCUCAAUUUACUGCUGAACACAGCGCGCCUACCGAAGGUGCACCUGCCACCUCAACCUCACUAUCGCCGGUGCUCAUCCGCGAAAUCUCGCAAGAUUGCAUGACCGAGAUCACCACCGAAUCGCUUCGCAUCAGCUGGCGGCUGCCUGCGUCGUCAGAGCAAAGCGUACCGGAGUGGAGCUCCGUCGUAGAGCCUAUCUCGGCGUUGCUGGAGCGACAUGAUAUGUCUACUCGUUAG